CUCUUUUCUUUUCUUUCUGUUUUUCUCUCUCUCUCUUUCUCUCUUAUAUAUAUAUACAUAUAUAUAUAUAUAUUCUUCCCCUUUUUUCUAUUAUAAAGUUCAAACUAUUUAAUAAAGGCAGCAGUAACAUUCCAUCCAAGUUUGUUUAAUAGUCAUUAGCUCUCUUUUAUCUUUUUUUUUCCUUUAUACAUCCCCCUCUCUCUCUUUUUUUUUUCUCUCUCUCUUUAUAUCAUGACAAUGGAAAUGAAAAGUGUCAGACUUUAUUUCAGAGGAAAGAAGUUUGAUGAUCAAUAUACCUUUGACCUUCAGAACAAUCUCACAGUACAAGACUUUUGUUCUAUUGUUGCCCUCUUUAAUGAAGCAGCAAGGAAAAGAUCUCCACCAGGUUCAACCUUAUUUUGGGUCGUUUUCUUGAUCUUUCUCUGGUUAAGUGCAGCUACUUCUUUUUAUCUUUUGUGGAUUCAGUUCAACAAUCCUUAUAUCUUAGUCGCUUUACCGGCUUUUAUGAUCAUUAGUUUUUUGGCUACAUUGUUAUUACAUCGGAACAAAAGAAUCAAGUUUGAAGAAAGUAUUCUUCAGAUAUGUAGUCAAUUAAAUGCCACCGAGAACAUCCGAGGUAUCAACUUUCGGUUCAGUAAGAACAGUAUGGAUGUCACACCUUACAGUAUUCAUUCAUUAGCCGGUCUUCAAUCUGUCUAUGCUAUUGAUAUUGAAUUUGAUGAUCGGUAUGUUGCUCUUAAAAGCCGUCAAUUCAACCGACGUUCACCUUCUGGAGAUAAUGACUGUAUCACUUCUCCAAAACAAGCCUAUGUAAAUUACUAUUUUGCUGAUGAAAAAGACCCUCAUUGUAACAUGUUCCAAGAGCCUCUACCUUCUUGGUCGCCACCUUACAGUGAGAAAAUGAUCCAUCAUUUAGUCUGAUAUGAAUCAGUUGUAUUAUUUGAAUAAACAAGCAUAGAAACUUAUUUUGUGCUAAGCACGUACAUGAU